AUGUCGAGACCGUCGCAUCGGACGCGCUCGCCGCGGCCAUUCGCGACGGCGAAUCCCUUCCCCCUCGCCCUCAUUCUUGUUAUCGCGCUCACUGCCUCCAGUCUCGCGGGCUCGACUUCUGCCGCCGCCCCUCCUCCCGUCGGCUCACCGGGGAGCGGCAUUUCUGGUGCGAUCCCCCCCCCCCCCCCCCCCCACCCUCGCGCCGCUCGUGCUUCCCCCACCCUCGCGUCGCUCUCCCGAAUAUCGUCUGCACCCCCACUUUUCUUGAAUUCGCACUCUCACGCUCCCCGCUUUUCCCCUCAUCCCCCUCGUCUCCCUCGUCACUCUCUCUUCCCCUCCUCCCGUUCUCCCCCCUCCUCCCCCUCCCCUUCCUCAUCCCGUCGUCGACCAGACACAUAUGUUGUCGCGGAGAUGGUGGAUGGCGACUCACGCGCAGUCAUCUACCUGCGCCUCUCCUUCGAUUCCGCCACCGCCACCGUCCAAGCGACCUACAAGAUCUUCGCUGCUCUCCCCACCGGCCCGCCCGCCUACAUCACCCUAGCAAACACAACCGUCCCCGGAUGCGACCCGUCCAGCUGCAGCCUCCCCCCAGCCGCGCCCACGUGGGUCCAGCCCGUGCCGUCCGUGUGGCAGGCUGUCGGCACAUUCACCAGCACCGCUGCCACCGAUCCCGAGCGCUACGCUGCUCUGCUACAGAUGAUUGAUAACUCGUUGGUGUUCCCCGGGGUGGUCAUGGCGUAUGGGACAAGUACCAUGCAGGCGGCUGGGUUGCGGUCGGCAGUGGGGCAGUUCCGGGUUGAUGCCAACCUGAAAUUCCGUGAGUGUGGGAUGGUGGACGUUUCGGUGGAAGUCGGGCCAGUCCCGGCGACUGUUCCCAACCCCAACUACGUCGUCCGCUUUCGCUCCUACAUGCCUGGCGGCGCCAACCUCACCUUCACCCAGUCGACUAACGGGCCGAUGGGCUGUCCUUCCGAGUGGACGUUUUCUUCGUCGUGGUGGUGCCCACCGAUGAACCCUUCACCACCGCCCUCCGAGUCUCCCUGGCUUCAAACCCUCCUGCUUGUUUCCCUGUUUCUGUGCGGCAGAGCCGAUGGGCUGUCCUUCCGAGUGGACGUUGUCUUCGUCGUGGUGGUGCCCACCGAUGAGCCCUUCACCACCGCCCUCCGGGUCUACUUGCAAGAUAUCGUCCCGGCCCUGCCUUCCUCUGACCCAGAGCACCCUGGCUGGAACUACAGUGGGUUCAUGCAAGAGGUGCGGGCGACGAUUGGCGAGUUCAACGCGCUGACGGCGCUCAUGCAGUAUGCAGUUACUGGCGUGAAGGGGCGGCUGGUGAAUGCGACCAUGAGGAUUGUUUCCAUUGACAUGCCUAACGGGCCUAUUGACAUCCUUGAACGGGUUUGA